AUGGACAUGGCCAAGAAGGGUAUCAUCUCUGAAGAAAAAGUGGACUGCUUUAAUUUACCACAAUAUUUCGCUUCUCUGGAAGAAGUAGAAGCGAUUGUGAAAGCGAAUGGAUAUUUCAGCGUAGAAAUAAUGGAAAACUUGACCCAGGAAAAACCACCGCCUAAGGUGAUUGCCUUUAGUGUGAGAUCCGGAAUGGAGGGAAUGAUUCUGAAGCAUUUCGGAGAUGAGAUUAUGGAUGAGCUUUUUGAUUCAUUUGGCAAGAAACUUGAAGAAUCCUCCUCCGUCCUCGAAUCAAAGAAAUCAAUUAGCUUGUUUGUUUUACUCAAACGCAGAGCAACUGAGUAA